AGGAUGAGUUAGGUUUCAUCCCAAAAAAGCUGAAGAUGCCCGGUAGGGAGUAGGAGCGAGGAAUUGAAUUGCGAGGAGAUAAAGGCAAUAAGAUCCCUACCACUUAGUAAGGUGUGAGGACUGCAGCACUGGAAAGGGAACACCAGCUCUGUGGAGCUGACAUGGAAGUGGUGACAGACCAGCAGAACAAUUGCCCAGUUGUGAUGUAGCUGCCCCAGGUCCAUGCUGUUGGCUGGAGCAGUAGGUUGAAUCUUUCUGAACUAUGCCAAGAAAAAGAAAGCUGUUGGCUCAAUUAAGUGCUCUUCAGAACACCAGCAGCUUCCCUCAGGUCAAUGCUGUGGAGCAGCUGAACACUACACCUGGAGCAGAUCCUUCUCCAAAAAGCAGCAAAUAUUUUGUGACAGAGAAAAGAAAUUCUCCUCAGCUGCAAGAAGAUUUUUUCAACCAGCCCUGUGUUAGUCUGGCCAAGUCCUUUCUGGGACAGAUUUUAGUUCGCAAACUUCCUGAUGGCAGAGAGCUCUGGGGCAGGAUUGUUGAAACAGAAGCUUAUCUGGGUGGGGAAGAUGAAGCUUCCCACUCCAGAGGUGGGAAGCAAACACAACGGAACGCGGCAAUGUUCAUGAAACCAGGAACUCUGUACGUGUACCAGAUCUAUGGGAUUUAUUUCUGCAUCAAUGUUUCCAGCCAAGGAGAAGGGGCCGCGGUGCUGCUGCGCUCCCUGGAGCCCCUGCAGGGCCUGGAGGCCAUGAGGGAGCUGCGCUCGGCCUCCAGGAAAGCCCCCAGCAGGCUGCUCAAGGACUGGCAGCUCUGCAAUGGGCCCUCCAAGCUCUGCCAGGCCUUUGGCAUCGACAAGGCCUUUGACCAAAGGGACCUGACUCAGGAUGAUGCCAUCUGGAUGGUGCCGGGACAGGACCCGCCGGGGGAGCAGGACGUGGUGGCCACCACCAGGAUUGGCAUUGGCAACAGGGGAGAGUGGGCACAGAAACCACUCAGGUUUUAUUUACGGGGAAACAGAUUUGUGAGUGUUGUAGACAAGAAAGUAGAGAGAGAGAUGGCAGCAAAGGGACAUUCCCCUGGCAGCUGACGACUCUUGCAAGGGACCAGGGACCAGGACUUGAGCUGUGCUCUGUACAAUGGCCUCAAGCUGCAUCAUGGCACAUAGAGGGGCUUGGGGGCUUUUUAACAAUAAAUGUAUUUUGUCACAAU